UCCGUCUCUGCGUGGACUGUAAGGAAGGGUCCAUGAUGUCAUGUACAUCACAUGAUCAAGCUAUACAUCUGAGAGCCAAUCAGAGUGCGGCUGCUGGCGCUGUGAGGAAGCGCCCUGGUUGGUCCUUGUAAUGAGUUAAAUACUUCGGCUCUCCUGUCGAGUGCUGUCAGACCGUUUCCACGACGGGAUCUGCAGCGUGAUCGCAGCUCGUCCCGAGGGCAGCACGACUGAUGAAGCGCUCUUCAUCGCUCUUCACACCACACACGUCACGGUCCGUCCAGCCGCUGCCGGGACGGGUCACAGUGCUAGCAUCCGCAGAGCCGCGCCGCUAACGUGGCUAAGAGAUAAACGCCACCCGUCCAAGUGUUGUUGGCGUCGGCCAUGUUUGUUGAGUCCACCACAGCCUCGCUCAACUCAUCUGCAUAUUGAGAGUCUGCAGACUGACAGCUGGAACAGCCAAUCAGAGUCAGGGGCAGUUAGCCGCAUUAGCUCCCUCGCUGUCCUCAGAUGACUCCUCCUCCUCCCUCCUCCCUCCUCCUCCUCCCUCCUCCUCCUCCUCCUCCUCCUCCUCCUCCUCCUCCUCGGCUGUCUGCUGUGUCUCUACCUCACUCCCCCCACCCCCACCCCCACCCACCCGUGACACACCAGACGAUGCGUUGACUGAGCGGAGGAGAAGAAGAAAACCUCUCCCAGCCAGCCGUCCUGCCCGCUGCAUGGAGGAGAAGCAGAGGAGGAAGAGGAGCAGAGAGGAGCUUUGUCUCUGUGCUGAGCUGACCUCCAUCCUGAUGAACCUCCUCCUGCCCGUCCCGCUCUGACUCAACACCUCCGACCUGAACACCACCACCCCUCCCCCUGCCUCCCCCAGCCCUGACCUCUGACCUCUGACCUCCCUGUUUCCUUCACAACAACAUGGAUCUGAAACGUUUUGGAGGUGAUAUCUGCAGGAUUCCUGACACUUAAACACUCUGAACUCUGGCUGGUCAGGACCACCGGCUAGUCUGAACCCUCAGUCACUUCCUGUCCCGUCCUCCUCUGGACCGACAGCGUCCACCAUGUCCGAGGGGCUGCUGCAGGUGGAGAUCCCGGACUUCGGCAGCAGCGUGCUGGGCAGCCUAAACGAGCAGCGGCUGCUGGGUCACUACUGCGACGUCUCCAUCCUGGUGCAGGGUCAGGCCUUCAAGGCGCACCGGGCCGUCCUCGCCGCCUCCUCGCUCUACUUCAGAGACCUGUUCAGCUCUGCAGCCGACUCCUCCUCUUCGUCCUCUUCCUCGUCCUCCUCCUCCCAGGCGGUGUUCGAGCUGCCGUCCUCUGUGACGCCGACGUGUUUCCAGCAGAUUCUGUCCUUCUGCUACACGGGGCGCCUCAGCAUGGCCGCCAGCGAGCAGCUGGUGCUCAUGUACACCGCCGGGUACCUGCAGAUCCAGAACAUCGUGGAGCGAGGCAUGGAGCUGAUGAUGAUGAAGGCCUCCUCCUCCUCUUCGCCUCUCUGCUGCGACUCCCAGACAACCUCAGCAGACGAGCUCGGGGGUUUUGACGCCCCGAUGGUCCAGCAGCAGCACAGCGCCCCCCAGCUGCAGCAGGCCAGUCCAGACCAGCCGUCCCUGAGCCCAGAGGAGCUGCUGCUGGCCGUCAGCAGGAUCAAACAGGAGAGAGCCGACACUCCUCCAGCUGAGGAGAACGGAGGAGGAGCAGCGGGAGGAGGAGGAGGAGAGGAGGCCAGAGUGGACAUUGUGGGGGACCUCCAGUCCUCCAGGAGUAGUGCUCUGUGUUACCUGGGCUCAGGUGGAGGUCUGGUUUCGGGGCUGCAGUCCUACCUGCUGGCAGGCGGGGGGCGCUCCAGUCCAGGAGGCUCCAGCCUUCCCACAGACUCCCCUCCCUCUCAUCCCCCCACCGAGGAGGAGCUGGAGGAGGAUUAUUACGGGAACACCGUCCACUCCGGACUAUACCAUCACAUCUACGGACAUCCCGGAAACCCCUACAGUCCAGUCCAAGAAAAGAUGGAGAUGCUGUCCCUCCCGUUGGCUAACGAGCGCCGGCCCUGCGUGCUGGUUGGUCGGGACAACAUGGCCCUCCCUGCCAGCCUGAUCAGUCAGAUCGGGUAUCGCUGCCACCCGUCGCUCUACACUGAGGGAGACCCGGGAGAGAAGGUGGAGCUGGUGGCAGGUUCAGGUGUGUUCAUGACACGAGGUCAGCUGAUGAACUGUCACCUGUGUGCCGGAGUCAAACACAAGGUGCUGCUCAGGAGACUGCUGGCUACGUUCUUCGACAGAAACACUCUGGCCAAUAGCUGUGGGACAGGAAUCCGCUCCUCCACCAAUGAUCCGAGCCGAAAGCCUCUGGACAACCGAGUGUUAAACACCGUCAAACUCUACUGUCAGAACUUUGCUCCUAACUUCAAGGAGAGUGAGAUGAACGUGAUCGCGGCCGACAUGUGCACCAACGCCCGCAGAGUCCGUAAACGCUGGCUCCCCAAGAUCCAGUCUCUGCUCCCCGACAGCCUCUCCGCCUCCACCCACCCCCGCAAGGGUAAGAGGGGGGGGGGGUCGGGAGGAGGAGGUCAGGGAGGAGACGCGGCGGUGCAGCCCAGCGGCAGCCCCUUUGAGCUGGACCUGCGGCAGCUCGGCGCUUCCUACCUCGGCCUGGAGGCUCCGCUGUACGCCGAGCGACGCGAGAGGGAGGCGGCGGGGGACAGAGAGAGGGAGAAGGAGGCCCCGGCCGCCCUCCUGCCCCACCUGCAGUUCGCCGGGUCUCGUGGGGGAGGAGGAGGGGGGGGCGGCGUGCAGGCGGAGGAGGGUCUGAUGGGAGGCGAGGCGGACGGGGGAGGGAGGCUACAGACUGAACAACCCUCAGACCUCCCCCUGUCCUCCUCCUCUUCCUCCUCCUCAUCCUCCUCCUCCUCCCCCCAGCCCGCAGAGCCCGCCACUCCUCACAGGGGAUUGGCCGACACGCAUGAGAGGGGGGCGGAGCCUCUGGAAGACAGCCAAUAAGCUUUCUAUCGCAUCUGCCUACCUGUAUGUAAAUAACACAAUAGCUACCUGUCCCCUCACCUGUCUGUCUGUCCCCACCUGUCUGUCCCUACCUCACUACCUGUCUACCUCUCUGCCCUCUGUCUGUCUGUCUGCUCCUUUACCUGUCUGUCCACCUACCUGUCUGUCUGUCUGCUCGGCUCUGCUGCAUGUUAACAGCCUCCUGCAGUCCAGCACACAGGCCCAUAGCAACAGGACUGAUGAUGAUGAUGAUGAUGAUAAUAUUCACUCUGAUAACGACAAUAAAGCUUCUUAAUAAUCA